UUUCCCAUUGUAUCUCUUUCUCAAUAACAAUGCUGCCUUAUCAGAAUUUGGGAGAAGCAGAGGCAGCUUUAGGUAGAGAGCUGACCUUAGCUGAGAAAUUAUGGUUUACUUACUCAGCUAAUAAACCUGACUAUAUUCUUCAUUAUCACAACAUCCUUUUCUUGAUCAUCUUCUACUCCAUAUUUCCUUUACCUUAUGUGUUGAUGGAGCUAAGUGGAUCCCAGAAAUUGGGAAGGUACAAGACUCAGCCCCAAAUCAAGAAAUCAUUUUCCGACAUGUUCAGAUGCUACAAACAUGUCGUGCUUACUUUUCUUCUUGCUGUUGGCCCUGUCCAAGUUAUUACUUAUCCUACCAUUAAGUGGAUUGGCAUCAGAACUGAUUUGGCAAUUCCCACAGGGUGGGAACUAUUUUGGCAAUUACUGGUGUAUUUUCUGAUAGAGGACUACUUUAAUUAUUGGAUACACAGAUUGCUACAUUGUAAAUGGGGAUACGAGAAGAUCCAUCAUGUUCACCAUGAAUACAAAGCUCCAAUAGCACUAGCAGCACCGUAUGCACAUUGGGCUGAGAUUUUGAUACUUGGGAUCCCUUCAUUUCUUGGUCCUGCUUUAGUUCCUGGACACAUUAUCACUUAUUGGCUAUGGUUCAUUUUGAGGCAACUGGAAGCUAUUGAGACUCAUAGCGGAUAUGAUAUUCCAUGGAGUCCUACAAAAUAUAUUCCAUUUUAUGGAGGGGCAGAGUAUCACGACUAUCAUCAUUAUGUUGGAGGCCGAAGUCAUAACAACUUUGCAUCAGUUUUCACAUACUGUGAUUAUAUUUAUGGAACUGAUAGUGGCUACCGGUACCACAGGUCCACCCUCAAAAAGGAAAUUUGAAAACAAUUUACGUACAAAAUGGUGACAGAAAAUUGGCAUUAUUUUCAGUAUCACAAAUUCACUUUGGAUAGCUUUUGGAGUACGUGGGGAUGUGGAGAACUUGCGUAUGUUCCUAUGCAUUUUCCUUCCAAAAUAGUAAAUGAAUUUGUGAUGUUAUAAAGCUCAUAAUUGGGACCUAAAACAUGUAUUUUAAAGAAAGCUUUUACAUUA